AUGGCUAGUCAUACAAUUAGGUAUGUAAUGAAGUGAUAGUUAAAAGCAAAGACAUGGAGACUGACAAAUACUUCUUAAUUGAUAAUGUAACUGCAGAAGUAAAACAGAUCAAUAAGAACGGUGACUAUAUUAAAAAGUUUAACAUUGAACUAACUGGCAAGGCAAAUUACAGUGAAAGAGUAGCCAAGGCAUAAGGCGUAAACUGCAAUUUAUCAAUUUAGGAUUAAGCAUAUAUGCCAUACAGCACUAAAGUUUUAUAAACUAAGCCCAAUCUUUAUACUCCUUAAACAGACAAGUUUGAUGGUUAUGCACAACUACCUCGCACUUUGUAAGAACCCUACAUAAACAACACUCGCAAAAGACCCAAAACUACAAUAGAAGCCACGAAGUACUUACUUGAAGGGAAAGAAAAAAAUAAAAAGUACUUGAUAGGCAAAUAAUUAUAACAUAUAACUGGCACUAUUCAUGAUUACUUCAAGGCCAAGAAGGAAGGCAAAAUAGAGAUCUUAAAAAUGAGGACUGAAACCAAAAUGUAGGAUUUCGUAUCAGGAGGUUCUGUUAAAAUCAUUAAUGGUCGUGAAUUGACUCAACCCUAAGUUUUGCAUGAUCCUCCAGAGAAAAGAGCCUAAUCAGCCUCUAGAAUCAAGUGUGAUACUAUACCACAUACAGCUGAGACAAGGGCAUAGACAAGUCAAUAGUCAAGAGUGAUUGUCCCUCUAGAAGAGUAAAAAUUGAAAUCUAUGUAAUCUUAUGGGACAUUGAAUUAAGAAUUAUAAAAUGCAGAAUCUAGAGCUUUAUUUUAGAGUAGGACAUACAAUCAAACCUCUUAAUCGAAGCGAAGUCAGAAUGUGAUAGACUAAAAUGUUUAGCUAUACAACAUACCACAUUUUUAAGAAAGAUUGGAUAUUUUUAAGAAAGAAAUCUAGAGUUUCACUUUACCUCAACCAAAGGAGAUCAAAUAGAUUACAUCUAAAGGAAGAUUUAAUUGUCAUUUAGCUGAUAACUAAGAACAUUAUGUAUAAGAUCGUUUGAUGAUGAAAUUAUGUAUUUUUUUAUUUUUCACAAAGUUCAACCUGAAUAAUUUAAGUCGAAUGAAAGUCCAAAAAAACAGGAAAUGGAAAAAUAAAGAAGGAUUUUGGCUAAAAUGAAAGAGGCUGAUAUGUUGACUAGAAAUUUAAAAUUGAAGUUGUGA